CACCAUCACUUCCAGUGACAUUCCUGUUCCUGUUCCUGUUCCUGUUCCUGUUCCUAUAUAUAUAUACUUCAUGAUUUGUGGGGUAUAUCAUGUAUGUGUAUAAAUCCCCCAAUAAUCGUUUCAGUUUAUAGCGAAACACCGCUUACUUCAAACCAUCCAAUCUGCUCAACUUCUUUCAGUAUAUAGAAAUAUUCAUCACAUGCACCACCUUCAAUCCCAAUCCCAAUCACAAAUAGUAUAUAUACGUAUAUGCAAUAUUUAUUAACUCAUUCAUUCACUACUCCACUCCGCUCCAUUCCUCCUAUAUGUCAAAUUUAAUUUAAAUUAUUACUUGGAUCGAUCGAAUAUAAUAGAAUAGAAUAUCUAUCUAUCGUUCAUCAUAAACAGUAAAUUAAUUACAAAUAGAUAUGAUGAUGAAUUGCCUACAGAGCUGGCCGGAGCCAAUUGUCCGCGUCCAACACCUAUCCGACACCGCCGGGAUUAAAAAUGGCGUCAUCCCCGACCGCUACGUCAAGAAACCCACCGACAGGCCCCAUCCCGAAGGCGCCGACCACAACAUCAACAUUCCGGUGGUCGACAUGGCGGGCCUGUACUCCGGCGAGGCGGCGACCCGAGAGAAGACGGCGGCGCUGAUUGACGAGGCUUGCCGCGAGUGGGGGUUCUUCCAGGUGGUGAACCACGGGGUGAGCCACGCGCUGAUGGGGCGCGUGCAGGAGGUGUGGCGGGAGUUCUUUAAGCUCCCCCUGGAGGAGAAGCAGAAAUACGCCAACACGCCGGCCACCUACGAAGGCUACGGCAGCCGACUGGGGGUCGAGAAGGGGGCCUCCUUGGAUUGGAGCGACUAUUUCUUCCUCAACUAUCUGCCCCUCUCGCUCCGGGACCCCUCCAAGUGGCCCUCUCACCCGCCUUCAUGCAGAGAAUUGGUGGGUGAGUAUGGAGAACAAGUGCACCAACUGUGCGGGAAAUUGAUGAAGAUCAUGUCGCAGAAUCUAGGGCUGAGAGAGGACGACGAUCUGGCGGAGGCCUUCGGAGGGGAGAGCGAGCUCGGCGCAUGCCUCAGGAUCAACUACUACCCAAAAUGCCCUCAGCCCCACCUCGCCCUCGGCCUCUCCGCUCACUCCGAUCCCGGCGGCAUCACCAUCCUCUUCCCCGACGAGGAGGUCGCCGGCCUGCAAGUCCGCCGCGGCGACCACUGGAUCACCGUCAAGCCGAUAGCGAAGGCGUUGGUGGUGAACCUGGGGGAUCAGGUGGAGGUGGUGAGCAAUGGCAGGUACAAGAGCGUGGAGCACAGGGUGAUAGUGAACUCCCAGAAAGAGAGGGUGUCGCUGGCUUUCUUCUACAACCCCAGAGGCGACAUGGUGAUCAAGCCCGCCGACCACCUCGUGACGGAGGAGAGCCCGCCGCUCUACCCGCCCACCACCUACAACCAAUACAGGCUCUACAUGAGGAUGAGAGGCCCACGUGGCAAAUCCCAGGUUGAUUCACUCAACUUAACCAACACCACCACCACCACCACCACGCCAGAUCUCCAUAACUACACAUCAUGAUAUUUUAUCUUGCUUGCUUAAUGAAAUAUGCUUUUAUUCUCUCAAUUAUAUUAUACUAUGUGUUUCUCAUUCAUCAAAUCAUCUAUCCAGUGGCAAUGUUGUCUAAUUAAUCCAAAUACCUACUGUUGAAUUAAUAUUUAUAUUUAUUUUUAUCUA